AUGAAGCUGUUACUAAUUGGUUUGGCAAUAUUCGCCGUCAUAUGCAGUACGAGCGGACAAUCCUGCAGCCCACCUUCUGGUGGCAGUGGCAACUGUGUGGUCAUUCAGAACUGUGCACCCCUACUGCAGCUGGUGAACAAGCCCAAUAGAACCCCAGCAGACUUCGAUAUACUGAGGAAAUCCGCCUGCGGUUUCGAAGGAUCUUCCCCGAAGGUUUGCUGUCCAGCUACACAAACUAGUUCCUGUUUCACGCCCAACGGGGAAGCAGGGAAAUGUGUGGGCAUUUACUCCUGUCCAAAUGUAGCGGCUCUGUUGCGGCCGCCAGUGUCCAAGGAGAAUAUGCAGUUCGUUCAAAGAUCAGCGUGCCAAGGACCCGAGCAGUACAGUGUCUGCUGCGGCAGCAGCGAUCCCCAGCAGCCGGUGCAGAAAGGCAACUGUGCAGCCAGAUUAUCGGUUCUCCCCCCGGACCCAAGGACCGAGUGCUGCGGUGUGGACAGCGGGUCGACCAAUAAAAUCACUGGUGGAACGGCGACCUCCAUCGACCAGUACCCUUGGUUGACUCUAAUCGAGUAUGUGAAGGACAACCAGAUCAAACUGCUCUGCGGCGGUGCUUUGAUCAGCGGCAGAUACGUCCUGACCGCCGCCCAUUGUCUCGUCGGUGGAGUUCUAGAAUUGGGCACACCGAGAAACGUUCGUCUCGGCGAAUACGACACCACAAACAGUGGCGAAGAUUGUGUAGCCGUAGAAGGUGGAGCCGGGGCCACGGACUGCGCUGAUCCGGCACUCAUAGUCCCCAUCGAGAGGACCAUACCCCAUCUGCAGUACAGCCCCCAAACCAGACGCAAUGACAUUGGACUUAUAAGGCUUUCCCAAAUGGCUCCAUUUACUGAUUUCAUCAGACCGAUCUGUCUCCCGACAUCCGACAUGACAAUUACCCCACCUCGAAACUUCAAAUUAUACGCCGCUGGCUGGGGGGCCAUCAACGCCACACACUCCAAGAGUACAGUCAAACUUCAUGUCGAUCUGCCUUUCGUCACCCAGGAUUCAUGCCAAGCAGCGUAUAGUCAAUCGCGUCGCAAGGCGGCCCUAUGGCAGGGCCAGCUUUGCGCCGGCGGGGAGAAGGACAAGGACUCCUGCAAGGGUGACUCCGGAGGUCCUCUCAUGUUCGAGAACGGCAGGACUUGGGAAGUGAUCGGCAUCGUCAGCUUCGGUCCUACGCCUUGCGGCAUCGAAGACACACCGGGAGUCUACACCAAAACCUACGAGUACAUCAGUUGGAUCCGUAGCAACAUCAACAAUUGA